UCACCUGGGCUCCAGGAAGAGGCGCCCCAGGCCCGGCAGGCCUGAUUCCGCUAGUGCCCACGUCUCUGCGCGCUCCGCCAUCCAGUUCCGAGACUCCCCCUCCUCUGCCGCGGCGCCCGCUUACUGGUGGGUGGGCGCUUCUUUCUGCGACACUUUGCAGACGCUCCCCUGCGCUGGGCAUGGGCGCCGCCACUGCCGUCGGUCCCGGGGCUGGAGUCCGUGCGCGGGUGGGUGAGAGCGGGGCCUCGGCCCCUUGUACCCUAAACACCCAAGGGCGGGGAACGGUGCCGACGGUCGACACCCCUUCAUGCCGGUUGCCCAUUCUGGGACCCUUUGCCAUGGUCGCCCCCUCCCACUUGUGGGACAAAGGGUGGGGGCGCAUCCCCACGCGUGACCUCCCACGCACUGCGCACGCGCCCAGUUCCCACUUCGGGGAGGGGCUUUACUCGCCCACGCGAGUGCGGGAGGAAUGGGCGGCUGGGACAGGGGAACGCUUGCAGGAUGGACUCCCCCUACCCCAAGAGUGGAAGUUAGGGGUGGUUGUUUAUUUAUGGCUGUGAGUCCGGAGGUGGCCCGUGAUGAAGGGCUUUUCUUAUUAAGGUCAAAUGUCCCUGUGGUGUUGACCCCACGAGGAACCAAAGAAUUUAAGGGGUGAGCUCCUUCACAACCAAGAGCCCUCUCGCUGAGCCCCGCGCUCUGGGUACAUACUUUGGAAGCCUCUGUCCCUGUCCAGAAGUAUGGUCCUUUCCUCCCUCAGACUGGUGAUUUUUCCUUACUCCGGAGGAACAGGUACUCCACCUCCCCAGGGACUGACUGCAUUUGGUGACCUGUUUCUGUCCAGUGGCCCCAAGGGCUCAGUCGCUGGGUCUGCAGGAAGCCUCCUCGAUAUGAAUGACAGAAACAACCGUUGGCGAACAAUGAAGGAUGAAGAGACCUUUGAGAUCUCCAUUCCUUUUGAAGAGGCACCCCACUUAGACUCACAAAUCUUCUACAGUCUGAGUCCCUCUCGGAGAAAUCUUGAGGAGCCUCCAGAGGGCACCUCCCCAACCCUGGCCCUGAUGAACAGUGUUAAGGCCCAGCUGCACAUGGCACUUGAGAGGAACUCAUGGUUGCAGAAGCGCAUUGAGGACCUGGAGGAGGAGAGAGACUUUUUGCGGUGUCAGCUGGACAAAUUCAUUUCCUCUGCCCGGAUGGAUGCAGAGGACUACUGCCGGAUGAAGCCUGGACCUCGGAGGGUUGAUGGGGACAGCCGGGCUGGGGUUGGGGGAGAAGCCUCAGACCCCGAGUCGGCAGCCUCCUCCUUCAGCGGGGUGUCGGAAGAGGGAAGUGCCAGUGAAAGGAAGAGGCAGAAGCAGAAGGGAAGUACUGGCCGGAGGCGAUUUGGGAAGCCCAAGGCUCGAGAGAGGCAGCGGGUGAAGGAUGCUGAUGGGGUCCUCUGCCGCUACAAGAAGAUCCUGGGCACCUUCCAAAAGCUGAAGAGCAUGUCCAGAGCCUUCGAGCACCACCGUGUGGACAGGAACACCGUGGCACUGACCACGCCCAUCGCAGAGCUACUCAUUGUGGCCCCGGAAAAGCUGGCUGAGGUGGGAGAGUUCGACCCAUCCAAGGAGCGCCUGCUAGAGUAUUCCCGCCGCUGCUUCCUGGCACUGGACGACGAGACUCUCAAGAAGGUGCAGGCUCUCAAGAAGAGCAAGCUGCUCCUACCCAUCACCUACCGCUUCAAGCGGUGAUGCCGCCGCCCCGCCCAGCAGUUUGCUGGCUACGUCGGGCUUCCCCGGGCACCGCCAGGGCUAGAAGCCGCCCUUCCUGAGCACUGGGCCCUGUCUCUUGGCCGCACACGCUAGACACCCCAUCUCCAUUUCACUCCACAAGGGCUGCCAGCUAGGCCUCCUUAGCCAGGAGUAGCCCAUCUGCAUCCCACGUGAAGACAGAGCAUUAUUCUGAGAGUUUAAAUUAAAGAGACAUGAAAAUUUUCCAUAAA